ACGAGACCUGCUGCUCAACAAAAUAUCAAAUAGUGAGAAAGAUCGCGAAUCAAGCCUUUUUCCCGUGUGGGUGCGUGCGUGCGUCCGUCCGUCCGAAAAAGUUUUCGGGAUUCUGGUUGGCCAUCUCCACAGCCCCCGCCAAAGGAAGAACGUUUGGAAGUCGGUUGUUAGUGUGUCGCGAAAUCGUCGGGCUCAUUGUUCGCUUUCUAGUGUGUGACUCGUGCGGUUGCCAGUGUAGUGAAUUGUGCGUGCGUGCGUGGUGUGUGUGCAGGUCCCCGUGCGUGUGUGUGUGUGUGCGUGCGGCGGGGGUGUGAAGAAAGGGGUGCGCAGGGGUAAGAGGGUGUGGGGAAGGUCGGAGUGCAGUGUGUGGCCAAUAGUUUCUGUGGGGUUUGGUGGUGUUGUAAUCGCAAGUUCUAUGUUCUGGUGCGUGAUAUCGUCGGUUUUGCAUAGUUUUCUGCGCUAAACCCGCGUUGUAAAUAAGUGUAACUCCAUCCACCCAGCAUCGAUGGCGGCAUUAUCUUCGCGAAGAUGGUUUCAUCGAUCCGUGUCCGGCGUGGAGGCAGAAACAAUGCUUUUGGAGCGUGGCUUCGAUGGUUCGUUUCUCGCCCGACAUUCCUCCUCCAGCCCGGGCGCAUUCACGCUGUCCGUUCGGCGGGGUCUAGAGGUGACCCACAUUAAGAUCCAGAACAAUGGUGAUUUUUUCGAUCUCUACGGUGGUGAAAAAUUUGCCACCCUAUCCGAGCUUGUGCAGUAUUACAUGGAAUAUGGUGGUCAGUUGAAGGAGAAAAAUGGACAAAUCAUUGAACUGAAACAACCAUUGAUCUGUGCCGAACCUACUACCGAACGGUAAGAAAUCUUUUCCGAACGCACUGGGAAAAAGUGUUUAAGCUGGAGACAGACAACCGUUUAGUGACCGUUAGUCACCAAUUCACGAACUCAUACAAGCGUUCUAAAAUGUUGGCUCCUGUUGUGAUUCCAUCCACAAUUUACGAACGAAUAGAGGUUUCGGAAAAACAAGCGUGCGAUACACAUAUAGAUUGUUUAAGAUUCUUUUAGAAUAUUGCGUACAAUCCGGGAGGUUGGUUAUAAAAUAGGAUCUGUACAAUAUUGAUACAAUACAAAAGGGAAACACCAACUGCACGGACAGUCAAUACAAAGACUUCAUCAAGACUUGGUCGUUAGUCUUGUUAGUGGCACGGACAAACACAGAACCCUUGUAGGUGUUAAAAUCUUAGACGAGACGCUAUCGUACAUUUUUUUCAGGUUUCUCAAUGCCCUAUACGGUUUAUGAAUAAAAAAGGUUUGAUUAAGAUAGGUAGCUUAGAUAGGAAUAGAUUAGAUUUAGCAAUACAAUGACAAGUUAGAGGGAAUUAAAAGGCUUUGAAAGUCUUACGCUUCUUAAGUGGAUGAUCCGUCCUAUCGAGUCCAGCUUGUAGAUUCCUUUAACGGCUUAAACGAAAGCAAAAAAAUGGUAAUUGAAUAAUUAUUAUGUUAAAAAUGCUUAAUUAACAAAUUAUGCUUAAUAAUGUCAAUAAGUAGUAUCCUCAUUCCCCACAUAAGCUAUGAAUGCUUCGUUACCCUUCGAUAAAUUUGGGGAAAAAACGUAUCGCAAAUAUAGAUUGACCAAUAAAUCGAUAAGUCCAAGAGUAACGAGUUGAAUAUGCAGGAUAUAGACAGUGUGAUGGAUAAUUCUAAAAACGUUUUAAAUUAUGUGAAUAUGCGUAAUAUAUUGUUACGCUUAUGCAUACGCUAUGCUUGAAGAUAAGUAUUCUUGAGUCUGAACAAAAUAAGAUUUUAUUCUGUUUUGUGUGUGCAUUACAAAAACGAUAGAAUCUGUAAAGUACUGCGAUUGUUGUC